CGCGAGUCAAGUUUGUGGGCCGAUGCACUGCGGGACCGACGGUGGAAGAUGAUCGAGAGCCAGAAGGCCACCUGCACUUGGAGCCAAGAGCCGAUAUCCUGUGGCUGCAGGAGCGGGAGGCGACAGUGAGAAGGGACCCGGCAGCGGCAGUCACCCCAGCCCAGGCCAGCGAUGCCUCAGAAAAUGGAUAAGUUUCUGCAGAUCGCUCCUCAUUCCCUAGCCAUAGUCCUGAGCCAAGCUGGGGGGCCGGCGACGGUGAAACCUGCAGCCGUAAUGGAGCAGGGGGCCUCGGCCCCAGCUUUAGGACAACCGCAGCUGCAGCAGCUGCAGCAGCCGCCCCAGGGCAGGCAGCUAGCCCGUCACCACAUCGGCUACGAGAUCUUCGCAGACUUCAAAGCCGAGAACAUGCAGCAUUUCUGGAACAAGAAAGUGACGGCUGCCGUGGCCGAAACCUUCUUCCUGGGCUGGAUCGACGAACAGGUCCUGCUGAUCCAGGGGAAAGAGGAGCACUUGGAGGCGCUCCGGGAAGGUUGGAUGCGCCGAGCACUCAAACCCCCCACAGGAUUCCUCAUCCGUUGCCUGGGUGAGUCUGGGGAAAACCCUGGCCGGGCACCCCGAGGUGCUCUGAGCUGUGACAAGUGUUGGAUUGAAGUCUGCCGGGCCCAGGGAGAGGAGAGCCUAGCGCUCACUGGGGUUCUCGUCUUCUGA